UCCUGAAGAAUGUGUGCAAUGCUUUUGCAAGAUGAAGUGAAGUCAGGUUUUAUCCUCCAGGAUUACAUAAAACAUAUUGUAAUUACUGUUCCUAAUUCGUGAACUGUUUUCUCAUCUAAGAUGGCAGUGACUUCAGCUCAAGAAGCAGAUGCAAAGAUGAGUGCUGAUGGCAAAGGAAUGAUAGACAUGGACAUCGAAGGCAGUGGGUUUGGCUAUAAGCAGCGUCUGCCAGAUAGCAGCAACAUCCGCUAUUCAGUGCAUGUGUUGAGAAACAGCCCUUACAGGCUUGCUACAGUUUGCUUUGCGGUCCUGUGUGUCGUCCUGGUCGCUGUUGCCAUAGGUCAGAGUGUCCACUACCGAAAAGUAGAGCAAGAACAUCAGAACAACCUACAAGCCAUGAAUAAAGAGAAAGAGAUCCUACAGCAGAAUCUGGAGACACUACAAAAAGAGAAGAAUGAUCUCGAAACCACCCGUAGUCAGUUACGGCAAAAUUAUGAUUACUUAUCUAAAAAGAAGGACCAAAUACAGACCAAUAAUGAUUUACUGACUAGAGAAACAGCCAACCUUAAAAGCCAGUUACAGGCCAGUAAGGCUACUUUUGACAGUAAGAUUAAACAGCUACAAGACAGUAGGGACCUGCUGCAGACUAAUAACAACGCCCUGACUACAGCCAAAAACUUGUUACAAAAACAAUAUGAUUCAGUGGUCAAACGCAGGAAUGAGCUACAGGCCAGUUAUGACUCAGUGACCAAAGACAGGAACAAUUUACAGAACAAAUUAAAUAAUGUAACCAGGGCAAAAGAACACCUGCAGAUUAGUUACAACACCUUGAUUAAGGACAUUGAACAUUUGCAGGACAGAUUCAACUUCUCUUCCAGUGAGAAAGACAAGUUAGCGAGCAGUCACCACAACCUGACAAUAGACAGGGGCAUUCUGCAGGCCAAAUACAACUUACUUGUAAAUGCAACAGAUGAGUUGCAGGUUUCCUAUACUUCCUUGCUUAAGGAAAAACAAGACCUUGAAAGCAACUGCAACAAUGUGACUGUGGUGAGGGAUCUGCUGAAGGUGAAAAAUGGCAACCUGAGUGCUGAGAGAGACCAGCUGCAGAAAGAAGUGGAGAGACUGAAUGCAACAAUUACAGCAAAGACGUGUCCUGCUGGCUGGAAGAAGUUUCAGUACAGCUGCUACUUCACUUCUGUUGCCAAGAAAACCUGGAGUCAGAGCAGAGAACAUUGUCAAAGUAAUGGAGCAGACUUGGCAAUAAUAGAAAGCCAAGAGGAAAUGACCUUCAUCAAUGGUUUGUAUAAAAGUGACAAAGAAGUCUGGAUUGGAUUGACCGAUGAAGGAAUAGAAGGGCACUGGAAGUGGGUGGAUGGAACACCAAUGACCACAGCGUACUGGGGUAAAGGCCAGCCCAACAGCUUUGAUGGGAGGAACCAGGACUGUGUGGAGUUCUGGCACCGUGUGUCAGGGACUGGCGACUGGAAUGAUGAGAACUGCAAUGUAGAGCAAAACUGGAUCUGUGAAAAGUAGUCUUCCUGUGCAGGAAGUGCCAGAGUUUUGAUUCAACCUUUUGGCCACUGUCUGGCAGGAAUGAGCACCAAAAUGUAAAUUACAGAUCGCUGUCAAUAAUAGCAAUAUGUAUAACACACCGUCUGCUUAAAAAUUAAUGCUAUGUGACCAUUUUACACACAUUGAUAUAUAGCAUUGCUAACAGCUAGAGCCUGAAAUUGUGAUGAAUCAUGUAUUAUGAGGUUAUAUUUAACAAAUGGCCCAGCUGGUCCUGGAACAUAUACAGGUUGGUGUGGGUUGUUUGGAGCAAAAUGUCUUGGUAAUGUGGGACCAGCUUGGGUCAAAUGUUCUGAGGUUUCCAGAGACUAUAAAAGCAGUUCUGUCAGUGUGAUAUCUAGUUUCCAGCUUCGUGAUCAGACAUCCACCUUCUGUUAUAGAGAACAAGGCCUGCUUUUCAGUUUUCCCAUAUGUAGAAAAAGACUCUUCUAGAUUUGGCCUUGCUGCAGUGAUUAGUUGAUUGAUUGAGAAAUUCAUGUAUUUCCUAAAUUGUUAGUGUUGGUUAUUUUGUACUCAGCUUCUUGUUUGUUCAGGAGAGCACUAGCACGCACAGUGGUUCAUAUUAAUUCAUGUAACAUGACAC